AUGGGCACCGACGUCGUCGCCGCCGAAGUGAACGAAAUUCCCAUAGCCACAGUCCUGGCAUGUCUGUGGGCCACGUCAACCCUUUUCUGGAGCAUAUUCACACACCCACACCGCACAUUUGCUGCUCGGAUACUGCUGUUCCAACCACUUUGGCUACUCCGAAUCUUCCUAGACGAUGCCAUCUGGGUGCAAGAUCUCUACCUCGCCCUCUUCUUACACAGCAUCUAUUCCUUACUGACUGGAGCGUGGAGGCUAUACACUUUCCGAGACCUAGCGGAAUGGCUCAAUCCGACGAGUGAAACACUCAACGUCUACCUCCAAGUCUUUCCUUUACUUGCUGCUUGUGCUGUUCUCGCCGGGCUGAUUGUACAUCGCGGUCAACAGCUCAAAGCGGCCGAGCAAAUCACGCCUGUUCGUGUGCAAAGCAUCGAGGAAGCACUCCUCCCGCCCUUGUUGAUCACGAGUCGGACCAGUCACUCUCGUAUGUUCCCCGAGAAGCAUACCUUUUCCUACUCUUACCUGUUCGCUGGUAUUCCUGUCGGACUUGAGGGCCGCAUUGGUAGCGUACUGUCUGUAGACAGUCCGAAGCCGGCAUGGUUCGACAUACAUUCCAAGCACUACCUCAACCGCGGUCACGAUCAAGCAGCACUCGGUGAGAGGCUCAAGCGCUAUCUCCACACACGAGGCGUGACCGAUCGGGACUAUGCCUUUGCCUACCUCGUCACGGCGCCGCGAUUUCUGGGCUACAGUUUCAAUCCUGUGUCGUUCUGGUACCUCUACGAUUCGGAUACGCACCUGCGAUACAUGAUACUUGAAGUCAACAACACUUUUGACGAAAGGAGAAUGUAUCUGCUUGAGGCCGACAAGACCAAGGACGACGAGCUCGAGAAGAACUCACCUUCCGACACCGAGGCCAUCACUUUCACCGACACUUGGAGUAAGGACUUCCAUGUGUCCCCGUUCAACAGUCGGAAAGGGUCCUACUCUCUCACAGCGAAGGAUCCCCUCAUCGCGUUCCAAGAAACAGGUCAUCUGGCCAUUGACAACACAAUCGUUCUACGGUCUUCGAAAGACCACCCGAAACUCAUCGCACGCGUCUGGUCACAGGGCACGCCAAUCUCACCCACCGCAGUAUCCACCUUCCAGCUCACUCAAUUCAUCCUAUCCUGGUGGUGGGUCGGCCUCCUCACAUUCCCACGAAUAGUCUGGGAAGCACAGAAACUCUUCUUCCGCCGGAAACUUCACGUCUGGUACAGACCGGAGACCGCUCAAGGUAGCAUCGGAAGGUCCUACACAGACGACGAGGUCGUGCUUGAAGAAGUCUUCCGAGCGUUUCUAACGGAUGCCGUGGAGAAUACCGACAAAGCGCUGCGAGUCAUCUACGAGCCGGCGCACAGCGAGGGUGGAGAGAUUGUGCUGUACUCCCCAUGUUUUACCUACGGAGAAGAUCACAAGAGUACGCUUACGAUUAAGGUCCUCUCACCAGCGUUCUACAGUCGCUUUGUGCACUAUGCCCAUGCGAAAGAGGCUUUUGAUCGGGAAUGCCUGGCGACCGAUGACAAGAACCGCACCGUCUCCAUCGAAGGCGCCCAGUCGCUUCCUGCAUUGCUAAGUGCACUGAAAGAUGCCGCUCGAUUAGAAGGACAGAACAACAGCCUUGGCAUCGCAGACAACCUCCGCUGGAACGUACUGAAGAGGUUGCGAUGCCCACCUGCAGCCGCCAGCUACCCCAGCAACCCCAGUAACCACGAUCCCAACUCCGACAUCGUGGACAUACGAUCCUUCCACUUCUCAGAACUCGACCGCUACGCCCAGCGGACGAGCACCGAGGACGACGCCUACCGCCGGAUCGCAGUCAAGCUCUUCAUGGCCGAACGUGUCGCCUUUGGAUUUCCGCCAUUCGUGGCUUUAGGGGACUGGAUCCUGCGUGCGAGCUUAAUCAUCGCGGCGAUGUGCUUCGCGGACAGUGCGAAGACCUUUGACGUGCUACGUCCACGUAGCUUCGUGAGAGCGGACCUGGUGAAGACAGCGCUGCUGCUUUUCUUGGCGAAUGCUAUCCAUCUGUGGAGCUUCGCCAAAGGCUGA